AUGAUGCGUGGUAAUCUUCCUCAUCGGAUCAAAGGUUUUCAUGAAGUAUACGGUGACAUCGUUCGAGUCGCGCCUGAUGAGCUAUCUUUUAUCAACCCCGACGCUUGGCGGGAUAUUUACAGUAAAGGUCGGGAGUUUGUCCGCCCAGACCAAUACAAGGAUCAACCGCCUGGCAAGACAGCCGCGAAUUUAAUCGCAUGCUCAGAAUCAGAACACGCUCGGCUGCGGAAAAUACUCGCGCCUGGAUUUUCUGAAAGAUAUGCUAUGGAACAAGAGCCUUUCAUCCAGUCCUAUGUUGACAAAUUAUUUGGGAAGCUGGACGACGGACUCCAAAAUGGCAAAUUCUCGGCGGUAGAUGUUGUUGAAUGGAUCAACUAUCUUGCCUUUGACGUGAUUGGAGAUCUAACUUGGGGAUCCUCCUUUGGAUGCUUAGAUGGUCUGACCUACCAUCCGUGGGUUCAAACAGUGGGGCAGUUCAAGACUGCAAUCGUCGUCGGCGCACUCAAGUUCUACCCACCCGUCUACUCAUUUCUCAUGGCAAUAACACCACCCUCAGCACUACAGGCUGUUAUGGAUAUGUGGAAACAAACAGAACAAAGCGUUCUUGAACGAGUCGCCAGCGGUGCAAGCCGUCCCGAUUUAGUUGGCACAAUGCUGGCAUCUAGGUCCAUGACCCAGGAAGAGAUCGAGGUCAAUUCCAUGAUGAUUGUAGCAGCAGGAAGCGAAUCCAUCACCACAGUUCUGACCGGAGUGAUCAAUCAUCUCCUUCGCAACCCGGACAAACUCAACACGCUGGUCGAGACACUCCGGACCACAUUCCCAUCAUCGGAGCAGGAGAUAACCGGGUCCGCCUUGAAAUCCCUUCCCUAUCUGAAUGCAGUGUUGAAUGAGGGCAUGCGGCUCUGCCCUACAAUACCAGAUAGCAUGCGCCGCCAAGUUCCCUUCGGCGGAGCAAAUGUUGCUGGGCAUUUUGUUCCCGGCGGGAUGGUGGUCUCUGUUCCCCCGUUCGCGACCUACCGUGCAUCGCGUAACUUCAAUCGUCCCCUGGAAUUUGCUCCAGAGCGCUGGCUUGGUGAAGAUGUGCGCAGUUCGAGAUUCCAAGGCGAUAGCAAAAUCGCCUUUAAUCCGUUCUCACUAGGCGCACACAAUUGUCCGGGCCAGAAUCUUGCCUGGCUGGAGCUGAGGAUUAUCCUUGCACGAAUGCUGUGGAGGUAUGAUCUGUCAAUUCCACCAGGUGUGGAGCUGCCUCAAUGGGAGGAUCAAGGUAUCUGGUGGUUUUGGGAUAAGCAGCCUACAAUGAUGCAUGUCGGAAAUAUCGACGAAAACCGGCUAAUUCCCCAUGGUGACUUCUAUUUCAGUGUCAGUGUUGAUACUAGGACCAAUCUGGGCCAUGUGUAUACCUCUCAGGGAGAUUACAAGAAAGCAGAGCGGGUGUAUCUUCAAGCGUUAUUUGGAAAAGACUUCACCGACGAGGACUACACUUCAGAUCUUCUCGAUCGUUUGACGCUGAUCGAAACUUUGAAGGUUAUUAAAGAAUACGACGUCGCACUCAAUCUUUCAACCUUAUACAUCAUGACUGACCGGUUAAAUGAUGCCGAACAUCUUCUCCAGUUCAUGAAAUUUGUCUUGGUCAAGGUCCUUCGUCCAGAUAGCGAGAAAGUUUUGACUAUCUCCUCCAACCUUGCAUGUGUAUGGCUCAAAAAUGGCCAAAUCAAUGAUGCGAAAAAGCUCUUUAUCAAGAUCAAAGAAACAUCGGAACGAGUCUUGGGCUUGGAGCGCGAGGUGGCAGUCAUCGCUUCAAGUAAUCCGUUUACGCUCACUUUAAAGCGCUAG